AAAAUAUCAAGCAACAAACUUCAACUUCACUGAGAACGCACAUUUCAGUAUGCCGACAACAAAUGUGUCAAACACUAGUAAAUACACAUAGAAAGAAAAUAGCUGUGAAACGUUUUUAAAAUGCUGUUCUACUCGUUCUUCAAGUCAUUGGUGGGAAAGGAUGUGGUCGUUGAAUUGAAAAAUGAUUUGAGUAUAUGCGGCACAUUGCACUCCGUCGACCAAUAUCUGAAUAUCAAAUUGACCGACAUCAGUGUGAAUGACACAGAAAAAUAUCCACACAUGUUAUCGGUGAAAAAUUGUUUCAUCCGUGGUUCAGUCGUGCGUUAUGUUCAAUUACCCGGAGAAGAAGUGGAUACUCAAUUGUUACAAGAUGCAGCACGCAAAGAAGCUGUCACCAGCACCCGCUAAACAUAAACAAACAUCGCUUUUCAGUUGAUUAAGUCGAAUGGCAAAUCAUGCCGUACGAAUAAGAAAAUAAAAUUAAAUUACUCUGGAUUAAGUGAUACGUUUACUGGCAAAUAAAUUCGAAUAAGAAAAUAUCAUAAAA